AUGGUUGUUUAUGACUUGUCGAAAGCUGUCCUUGUCUCUCACGGAUAUACUUUUGAACAACUAGAAUGUCUUUGGUUAAAGCAACUGGCCUGGAACACCCGCUACUUCCGAGCUCGUCUGCACGAGAUGGGCCUGAUUGUCUUCGGCAACCGUGACAGUCCUGUUGUCCCGCUCAUCCUCUACAUGCCAGGCAAACUCGUGGCGUUCUCACGAAUGUGCCUUGAACGGGGUCUUGGGGUUGUGAUUGUCGGCUUCCCCGCCACGGCCCUCUUGGCUUCGCGCUCCCGUUUCUGCAUCUCCGCAGGCCACACGAAAGAGAUGCUUGACCAGGUAAGCUCCUUGCCCACCUUUCCAGACGUGUUGUGCAUCACCCACCACACCGACUCCACUCAGACCAUUCCGGAUCUCCUUUGCGACACCCAUCCGCUGCUAAAAGAGAUCUAA